UGUUCACCGCGUGUGCCUACUGCAGGAGAGAUAAGACAUUCACAGACCUCACGUUUGAUUCAAACUUGUUAAAAGGAACUGUAUAUACGAUAAUACUUCCACACGAGUGAUCACUGUCGACGCCAUGGUACCAACGUGGAUAUUCGCAAUAGCGUGCAUGAUACAUGUCGCGUUUGCGGGUCCAUACAGCGAUCCCCACUGUGCGGCUGGCCGAGAUACCAUCGUCCACUUGUUCGAGUGGAAAUGGACGGACAUCAAAGCCGAAUGCGAACGGUUUCUCGGACCGAUGGGAUAUUGUGGGGUUCAGGUAAGCCCUGUCAACGAGAAUGCGGUGGUAACCAAUCCCAGCAGGCCCUGGUAUGAGCGUUACCAGCCCGUCAGCUACAACCUCAACACGCGCAGCGGCAAUGAGCAACAGUUCAGGGAUAUGGUGUCCGCUUGCAACAAGGCCGGCGUCAGGAUCUACGUAGACGCCGUCAUAAACCACAUGACCGGAAGCUACUCCGGACAAGGGACAGGUGGAAGUAGCUUCGACGGCGGCGCGUGCAGGUUCCCGGGCGUGCCGUUUGGUCCAAACGACUGCAAUGGGGGCGACAAUUGUCAUACGAGCGACGGUAGCAUCCACAACUACGGAAAUCCCGAAGAAGUUCGAAACUGUCGGCUUGUCGGGUUGGCCGAUUUGCGGCUGGGCUCCGACUACGUCCGGGAUAAGAUCGCCGGUUUUAUGAACAACCUCAUUGAUAUCGGAGUGGCGGGUUUCCGAGUUGACGCCGCCAAGCACAUGUGGCCCGGCGACAUCGUGGGCGUUUUUUCUAGGCUGCACAACCUCCGGAGCGACACGUUUGGAUCCGGAAAGAAACCUUUCAUCGUUCAGGAGGUCAUUGACAUGGGCGGGGAACCAAUAAAAAUGAGCGAGUACUUCGGAACUGGCCGCGUGACGAAUUUCAUUUUCGGCGUCAAGUUGGCAGAUGUGUUUUUACGACACUCCAACCAGGCUAAAUGGUUGAGUAAUUUCGGCGAAGGAUGGGGCAUGCCGAGUACUUACGACGUCCUGAAUUUCCUUAGUAACCAUGACAACCAACGUGGGCACGGAGGUGGCGGUGCCCCGAUUACUUUCCGUGAACCGAAGGAGAUGAAAAUCGCCACUGCCUUUAUGUUGGCCCAUCCGUACGGCUUCCCGAGAGUCAUGAGUAGCUACGACUGGCCUGUAAACUAUCAAAAUGGAAACGACCAGAACAACUGGAUGGGUCCACCCCACAAUGGGGAUAUGAGCACGAAGGACGUUCGUAUAAACGCCGAUAAUACCUGUAAUGACGGAUGGAUUUGCGAACACAGAUGGCGCCAGGUGUACAACAUGGUUGCCUUUCGCAAUGUGGUGGCCGGAACACCUCUACAGAACUGGCAGGCUCUAGGCGAUAAUCAGAUAGCCUUCUCACGAGGAACCAAAGGGUUUAUCGCCAUCGUUGGUGAUGGAAGCCACAUGAACAGUGAUAUUAACACCGGUCUUCCAUCUGGCGAUUACUGUGAUGUCAUUUCCGGAAGUUACGAAAAUGGCGAAUGCACCGGAAAGACCGUGCACGUCGAUGGGAGUGGGCAUGCGCAUUUCAAUAUCAAUGGCCAAUCAGACGACCCGGUUGUUGCCAUACAUAUUGGGGCAAAGAAAGGAAGCCCGAAGAAGGUGACAACCUAAGUUGAGAAAUUAAUAUUGUGCAUAAUAUGAAAUAUUGUUUGAUUUUAUGUUAUCGCAUUAAAUCGCUUCUUUUAAAUGCAA